UUGUACAGCUGGCAGUGACGUCAGUGGGUGCGCGUUCUCGCUUUCCCAGCAAGUGUAGGGCGAUGUGGUAGCGCGCAGGCGCAGUGCAUUCUGGGCAUGCGGUGACGUGUUCCCCCGGCCGGACCCAUGAUGGCAGACGGGAGCAGGCAGAACAAACUGGCGUCGGCCCGGCGGAAGCUGAAGGAGUAUCAGCAGAAGACGACCACUCCAGCACCGACGGGAGGCAAGAAGAAGAAAAAGUCCAAAGAAUCUGAUCCUGAUAAUCCAGCACGGCUGUCUCCAGACCCAAUACAGUCCUUUCUGAAGGGGCUGGUGUCAGAUCUUCAUAGAUCCAAUGGGGUAUCCGUCCCUUCACUGGGCACUAUGAAGGUCCUUUUGGAUAGUGACAUUAACACGCAUGACGCUGACAUACUAGCCGAGGAUGGCUCAGAGAAUUGUAAAACCCCAACCAUGUCUCACCCUGAUAACCCCAUAUUCCAGGAAACUGAAUAUGAUGGAAGAAAUAUACAGCCAGCUGAGAACAGGUCUCUCUCGUCAACAGAUAGCCUCCGGCAGCUUUCAGAACAACUUAACGGGCUUGUAUCACAGUCAAAUUCCUAUGUCAAUGGAGAAAAUAUCUCAUCUAGCAGUCCAGAAACGGAGUCUCGUUUCCAGGAGCUGGCUGCUGCUCUGGACUCCAGCAAUCUAACAAACAAGCAACUCGGUACAAAGAUAGAGGAACUGAAACAACAAAAUCAAGAGAUUGCAGAACGGAUGGAAAAGGAGAAAAAGCAGUUUGAACAAAAGUAUGUGAAGGAGCAAGGUGCACUGAGGGAACAACUGCAGGUUCACAUCCAGACUAUUGGCAUCCUGGUCUCAGAAAAAUCAGAGCUGCAAACAGCCCUAUCUCACACACAGCAGGCUGCACGGCAAAAGGGAGCGGAGUCUGAGGACCUUGCCAUGCGAUUACAAUCCACCAGACAGCGAGUGACAGAGCUGGAACGGACUCUCUCUUCCAUCUCGGCACAGCAGAAGCAGGCAGAAAAGCUGAACAAGGAACUGGAGAAGGAACGUGAUAGCCUUCGACUUGAGUCCUUAAAGAAUAGUAAAAGCAAUGAGGAGCUGAAGCAGCAAAAUUCUGAGCUCUCUGAGAAACUUAACACACUUAUUUCUGAGAACGCAUCCAUGAGGUUGGAGGCAGGAGACCUUAUGAAGAAGCUGGAGAUGGCUGAGCUCAUGAUUCAACAGUUCUCCAAUCACACAGGAGCACCAGACACAAAUCAGCAGCUUCGGAUGGUUUUGGAAGAGCGAGACCAGCUUGGAGCGCAGUUAACACAGAUGUCAGAGACUAUCCAACAUCUAACAGCUGAACGUGACCAGUACUUGGAGAAAUUAAAGGAAGAGGGGGCUGUCUGGCAGGAAAGAGUCCGGCUUCUUUCUGAACAGAUCCAGACCUUGGGCCAGGAGAAACAGGCUGCCCAGGUACAGGUGGAACAGUUGGAGACAAGGGUUACAGAGCUCUUGCUGGCAUCCGCAGCUGAGUCAACGGACACUGAGCCCACACCACCUGCAGGACCCUCUGAAACUGAGCUGGCCCUGCACAGAGAGGUGGAGCAGCUACAGCAGAAUUUAAGUGAUCUGCAGGAGAGGUAUCAGGCUCAGGUGCAUAACAACAGUCAACUAAGCCGGCUAAACCAGGAACAGGAAGAGCGGCUACUGGAACUGGAGAAGACAUUACAACGCCAGAGUGAGGAAAAUGUAGACAAGCAGCAGAUCCUGGAAAACAUGCAAAGCGAUAAAGCCACCAUCAGCAGGGCACUGACCCAGAACAGGCAGCUAAAGGAACAUUUAGCCGAGCUUCAGAAUGGAUUUGUCAAACUGACAAAUGAAAACAUGGAGCUCACCAAUGCAUUGCAGAGUGAGCAGCAUGUGAAAAAGGAGCUGGCCAAGAAGUUGGGGCAGUUACAGGAGACCUUGGGCGAUUUUAAAGAGCAGCUGGCUGCAAAGGAGCAGGACAUACAGCUUCUGCAGAGUCAGCGAGAUGAGCUCUCUGCUCACCUCCAGCAGUACAGUGUAGCAUAUCAGCAGGUUUCCAUUGAGAAAGAAGAGAUCCAGAGGCAGUAUCUCCUGCAGGCUCAGCUCAUGGACAGAUUGCAGCAUGAGGAGGUGCAGGGGAAGGUCAGCGCAGAGAUGCACCUGAAGGAAUUGCAACAGAGCAGAGAGAAUCUGGAGCUUCUCGCCAAAGAAAACCAAGAGCUGAGAGUGCAAGUUCUACAGAUUCGUAGUGAGCCAGAUAGCCGAGUGCUCAAUAGGAUGGAAGGAGAUGGAGUGGAGAGUGAAGUGUAUGAAGAUGAGAUUCCAAAGACUUCACUGGACAUCCCUGAGGAUUUUGAAAACAGAGAAGAGAUGGUAGCAUUUAUAGCCACUUCCAUAACAAAGGUGCAAGGACAGCGGGAAGAAGUGGAAAGACAACUUAUGGAGCAAAAGAGGUACUGUCAAGAUCUGUUGCAUCAGAUAUCGGAAAUAAGGCGGCAGCAAUCAUCUGGAGCCAUGCAUCAUGCAGCAGAUCUCAGUAUGGAUAGCAUUCCCAGAGAGGUGUAUGAUGCAUUACAGAGUGCCAUGGAGAAACUGCAGCUUCGGUUUACAGACUUGAUGCAAGAGAGAGUGGAGCUGAAGGAGCGUGUAGAAGAGCUGGAGCAUCGAUGUAUUCAGCUGUCAGGAGAAACAGACACUAUUGGUGAAUACAUUGCACUUUAUCAGAACCAGAGAGCCAUACUGAAGCAGCGUCACAAGGAAAAGGAGGAGUACAUUAGCCGACUGGCUCAGGACAAAGAGGAGAUGAAGGCUAAGCUGCUGGAAUUGCAAGUUUUGGUCAUGCGGCUGGUAACUGAGCGCAAUGAAUGGUACAGGAGGUUCAUGGAAGCAACCCAGGGUCCCCAGACAGGGUCAGAAGAGUUCCCAGCAGAAAACCCUAUGGAACUUGAAGCAAAAGAGAAUGGAGCUCUGGAGGAAGUCGGCUUAGAAGAGGAUGGGAGACGGGAAGUCCAGUCAUUGCCUCAUUUGGCAGCUCCUCAGGAACGACUUAACCCAACCCCUGGAUCAGAAGACCCAACCACUAAACAAAUUAUGCAACUUUUGCAUGAGAUACAGAAUCCCCAGGAACGGCCCGGUGCCCUGCUGCAGAAUCCAUGCAUCCCCUUUUUCUACCGUGCUGACGAAAAUGACGAGGUCCGAAUUAUGGUGAUUUGAGGGAGGAAUUGACCGAUGCAUCCCUCCUUUUGCCAUGCCAACGCCUGCUUGUGCUGGGAUUCAUUUUCUCCAAGGACACAUUACAAACGAUUGCUUUGGGAUGGGGGAGUGCUGGAGAUUGGCAAUUAAUGGGAUGGAUGUGGAGAACUGUUGCCUUUCUGUACUGAAUUUUGGGUCCCAUAGUGAAUAGUCAGUGAAAUGUGGAGUAUUUUCUUCCACCCAAGGGAACCCCUAUAUUGCACAGACCAAUGUGUUAUACCAUUCAGUGCAGAUUUGUUUCCACACUCUAGUUUAAAGCUGCUAUUUUCACCUGCUACCCUUGGGGGAGGGGGCUCAACCCCAUCCACUUGAAUAGUCAAGUCUUAUUUCUGGAUUUAUACAUAUCUGAAGCACUACUGUUUGAUAUGAUGUUGACCACAAGAAGAAUGGUGGUUUGGAAAUGAAGUGGAGGGUUAGACUGUUAGGAGAAGGCUGUUCAGGCAGAACAAAAGAGAUAAUAUGACCAUGUUGAUUGUUCUGUGUUGUUCAUUCUCACAUAAUAAGUAAUCCUUCAGGAAAAAUGUGUUAUUCUAGAACUUUGGGUAAAGGCAGGUGAUUGACAUUGCUUGUAAGUAUGCAGCCCAAGGAAUCUCUUCUCUUGCAUUGCGUGAUCUCAUACACAUGGGAAGAGGUUUUUGUUUUAACAGCUGCAAAAGUUAAGGAUUAAGGAUUUUUUAGCUCAAAAAUGGUCAAUGAAAGAUAUAAGUUAAAGUGCAGAUUGUUAUAGAAGCUGUAUCCAAACUCAAGUCUUUCUAGGGGAAAUUCCUGAAUGAAACAUAUAUCUAUGGUCGACUGAACCCAGUACAUUGUCAGGCACAUUGUGCAGCUCUGCAGCCUGAACUGGUAUCAUUACAAUCAGUCCGGCUUCAUAAAAGGCAUAUGGAGGUUGUUUUUAAAUAAGUAGUAGCAGAAGACUUAGACCUAAGCAGUGGAUAAAAAUGAUAUACUGACGAGCAUUACAUGAGCAGAAGCAUAUUUAUUUUAUAUUUGAAAGUAGUACACAUUGAGGUUUUGAGGAAUUUGCACCUUGCCCUUCUCUCUGCUUAAAGGGCCAUAUACCAUAUGACCGUGUACAAUGUCGCAGUGUCCUGGUUAAUUUUUCACUUUAACUUUUUUAGAUUUCAUGAUGUUAGCAGUUUUUUAAUUCAUGCAUAUAUCUUGAAUGUGUAACCUUUGGUGCCUCCUGUUGUUUGGCCCAUGCAAAGCUGCAAAAGCGUUAAGGAUCAGUAACAUCAAUUUUUUU